GGACAUGGUGGAACUCAAGUUACCUUGCAUGGAAACAUUUAAUAAAAAUCAAAAAUCUUAUUGACAUUCUGGUAUCUACUAUGUUAAUUGAUAAUGAUCCUUCAGUUUUAGAAGAUUUUGUCGAAGCUACUGAAUAUUUAGGUGGGAGCAAAUAUACAACCAUUAGUUUAAUGUAUAGUAUAUUAAUGGUAAUUAGUCAAAAAAUUUUAUCAGAUGAUGAUUUAGAUGAUAAUUCGGAUAAUGAUUCCAAUAUCGAGAUUAUAGAUUUAACUGGUUCAAAUACCAUUUUUGAUGAUGAUGUCAGUUAUAGAGAUGCACCUGAAGAUGAACCUAUUACUGAACAAUCUAAACGUAGAAAAAUUAAUAUUAAUAUACCACAAGUCUACACCAAUCUUGAAAAUCGUGUUAAAAUAGUACUAUAUCAAGCGAUGAAUCAUUAUUGGAAAGUUUCACAAGAACACAGGAUAUUAGUUGCUUUGUUGGAUCCACGAUUUAAAGAACUUGAAUUUGCAUCUGAUUUAUUGCACAUUAAAACUCAAGAACAAUUAAAAGAUGCUUAUUAA